GGUCGUUUACCAGUUGGACACUGCAAGAGAAAGUUUUGAAAUGUCACGUGUGUAAACAAACCAAUCAUGUUCCACGCAGAAUAUUACGCUCCACAAGGUGGAAAGUGCAAAGUGGAAAUGCGAAAAGAGAGAACGUCUUUUAAAAAAAAAAAAGGUUUGUAAAGUCCAAAAAAAAAUCACCCAUGACAUGCACCAUAAUGGGAUGUUUUUAGAUAAAAGAAAUAAACUACCAGAAUGGGCAACGUUGAUUUUAAGUUAAACACGUGGUCAGCUUUAUGAUACAAAUUGAAUGGGAAUGGUACUAUUUAAAUUAUAAUACUAGGGUUUCUCUCCACGCAAUAUUAAUUAAACAAAAAACUUCCCGGUAAAUUUUCCCAUCCCGGGUCCCAGAGGCGUAACUGGGGAGGGGGGAGGGGGCAGAUGUCCCUGGGCGACAAACUAGUUGCAGGCGCCAAAAUGUGCUUCGAUGUUAUUUUAUUGAUGGAAAUAAUGGGUUUGAGAGUUGAAAAAAAGAAAGGGAGGCGCUUUAAAAUGAAUCUUGUCCACGGGUGCCAAACACUCUAGCUACUACGCCUCUGCCGGGUCCCCACAAUUAGAAUACAAUUUUUUUGCUUAAUUUUUUAUUUAAGCAAGUCACAUAUUGUCGCUAAUGCCAUGAACUGUAAAAUAUAGUUAACUACACUGAAUUACUAAGCGCAGUAGUUAUAGUAAACAGGUUCUCAAGCGCUUUCAAGUCAGGACCAUGUAGAAGAAUAGUGACCCUUACCAUAUUGGAAAAAAAGGCUUUUUAAAUAGGAUCGAUUUUUGGAAAGGAAAACGUAAAAAUAAAACUUAAAUUUCAAAUAUAAAGUUACUGACGACAUAUAUUUAAUGCCAUGAUUUACAUUAUCACUCAAACUGUGAGAACCAAAGCAAAAAAAAAGAAAACUAUUUAAAAAUCACUACUUCCAUAAAAGACGUCCACCAAUUUUUUUGCUAUUUUUUUACACCCCCCCCCCUUCCCCCUCUGUCCACUUUUGACUUGACCCACCGCCCAGUUGUGGACGUCAAAAACAUAAAAUUUACCGAACUUAAAUUAAUGAAUAUUUUGGGAAAAUGUACAACAAUAUAAAGGGUAUGUAUUUACAAAGAUUUUUUUUUAGAAAUUCCAAUUAUUUGCAGGCAAAAUUCUAAAUGAAAUAAUAACUGUUCAAAAACAUUUUAUUGAAUCACUGUAUUAAAAAAUGUAAUAAACAAAUAAUCCACCAUUCUUCAAUCAACGGAAAAUUCGGACUGCAGCCAUUCAAACAUGUUUCGUAUAAUGACAACAUCUGUUCUUGAGUCUUCAAUUGCUAAUUCAAUUUGAGUGGCAGCCUUUUCGUCUGCCAUAUUAUGUUCACUAGCAGGAAUAUUGCAAUGGACGACCUUAUGUUUUAUCAUUGCCGCCUGUGAUGGGAAAUAUUUACCGCAGAAACAUAUUCUCUUGGAAAUUCUCCCAGCCACCGAUGGAGAAUAGAGAUCAAAAGCCAUGCUACGGUAACUGUGAUCGGGCAGUAAAUUUACAGUAAAUUUAUGCAAAACUGCUGCACUAAAAAAAAAACACUACACUGUGGACAUCCACUUUGUCCUAAACCCCCUCCCCCCUUUGUCCACUUUAGUCCACUUUUUUGCUGAACCCCCCUCCCCCCUUUUAUGGGUGACCCCUUAGUCAAUUGUUUCAGCCGGCGACCCCACAGAAAUCCUUUCCCAACCUCAUUUGAGGUCACCUACCAUGGUUUCAGAACCUUUGCUCUAGUAAUUUGAUUAUCCCAAUACUUCAUGUCGUAUAUAUUAAAUACCUUAGAAGACCCUAUAUCAUGUGGCGUUGUUUUGUCUUCCAAAAUCAACAUAGCUAGACAUAUACACAUAAAGAUACAUUUGUUAUCAUUCCUGAUUGUUUCUUUUUAUUAUUUUUUUCAUAAAUUGUUAUGUUUUUGUGUUGUUAUUUGUUCACUACAGGUGGUUAUAACCGACUUUUGCUUCACAAGCAUAUUAUUAACUAGUUACCGUAUCUAGGGACAAGCCGUGGACAAUUAAUUAACUAGUAGAAAGUGAUUCAACCUCUCAACUAACCUUAACGUUAUUUUUUUUAAUUCAUUAUUAGAAAAAUAGCAAUUAAACACCUAUACAAAUCAACUCUGUUAUAGUUUAAUUCAGUUUAAAAUAUAUUUGAAAUAGUGAAAAAUUAUAACGCGAUUUCCCGGGUCGAGGAAACUAUAUUUCCGUUUUCCCGGUAUAGACAAAAACCCGGGAAAUGAGAAACGAUCGAUGGGACAGGACUGUCCGUUUAUACUCGCGUCAACUUUUUUUAUUUAACGGGAAAAAAAUAAUUCAAUAAAAAUCAGAAGUAGUUAUGACUUAAUCACUCGACAUCAAUUUCGCUUACUGACUUACAAUGUCGAGUACCUAAGUACCGGUAGUCAUUUCUUGAUGUCCGUGAAUCGUUUUCUCCCUUUCUUUCGCCAAUGUUCAAUCAGAGGGCAGUCCGAUUGUUAUUUUUUUUAAUGUAAAUGUUUAUCAAGUAGUUUAAGACGAUUAAUUUUCAGUUUUCAGGUUGUUAUGGGACAUUCUUGUGACGGCUGAUUAACAAAUAAUAGUUCUAUUUAAGUUUAAAAGGUCCCUGUAACUCCCCAAAAUGAACGUUGCGACAAUAAAUACUCACUUUGACAUCCCCAAUCUAAAGUUGCGACCUACAAGCGAGUGUGUAUGAUGCGUUGUGAUUGCUUUGUUUAAAUUCCAUAUCGCUGGGUGCCACACUGAGCGAGCCACCUUGUUGUAUUUGAAUUUGCCAAUGUCUUUUAAGUGUUCGCCUUUUUAAAUAUUAAGCUCGCAUUUUAAGUGAUGUAUAGGGUACUUUAUUGAGGGAUGGUAACGAUGAUCAGCAGUCGUCUCCGUUGGGGUUGCUAAUCAAUCUUUGGUCCUCACAUGGUGCCCAGUUCUCACUUGCGGCUCCAAGAAGCUGUAGCAUGCACAGCGGCCACACCACAGACAACGGUUUCGACUAGCAAGCAAAACAACCAGGUACGUGGUAACCCAACUACUUCAAGUAUUCGGCAAUCAAGAGCUUGUCGUCGUAGUCCCCCCCACGCAGCAUGUGAAGACUGUAUCAGGAGGAUUGCACGGAAGAACCGCUAACUGGUCAACAGGACGAAAAACGGAGACAGCAACGAGAUGUGAAUCGCUCAAAGCAUGCCAAGACACAUAGAACACCAUGCUCAUUCAUUGCCACUGCACACAGUGCCGUCCCCAGCCGUCACGACCUUUUCUUGCUGCUGGACCCAGAUGGCAUUGGACGAGAGAGCGAGUUUGACGAUUCGCGCAACUUUUCCUUACUUAAAUUUCAAGUCAUAGUGCAAGUCAUUCUUAACAUCCACCCAUGCUAGGUUUUUUUCUUCACCAUCCACAAAGUCCAGUGUUGAUGCGGGUAAUCGGCGAAGCUGCAGGUGUCGGUACACUGGAGGCCGUGGUCGCAAACCUGCAACUAGGCGGCUUGGGCCACAGGGUCACUCAUCACUGUAAAGGAGCAGGUGUCCGGCAGCCCCCCUGCAGACUGUUGGACAGAUCAUCGUCUUAUCAUCACCAAAAUUAAUAUUCACUUACAACCAAAAAAAAAAAAAAAAACUACCAUAGGGAAAGAAGAUUCCCAAAACGUCUGAAUGUGACAAGGUUGAAGAGACAACUGUAAAGGAGCAGGUGUCCGGCAGCCCCCCUGCAGACUGUUGGACAGAUCAACGUCUUAUCAUCACCAAAAUUAAUAUUCCCUUACAACCAAAAAAAAAAAAAAAACUACCAUAGGGAAAGAAGAUUCCCAAAACGUCUGAAUGUGACAAGGUUGAAGAGACAGAAUAUCAAAACAAUUGUGUGGAUACUCUGGAUGAACGUUUGAAAUCCACAUCUAUAGUAAUCACUUCUCACAAUUUCGUAGUGGAUUGGGCAUCACUCAAAGCAAUGUUGUUCAACACGUGUAUGGAGUUUCUGGGGCCAACCUCUAAUAAACAUCAAGACAGGUUCGAUGAAAAAUCAAACAGCUGCUGAAGGAAAAUUCCCGUCUUCACAACUCCUAUCUUAACAACCCAAAUUCAAUUGCCAGGAAGGACGCAUACAACAUAAGAAGAAAAGUGAAGCAGAUACUACUUCAAGUGUAGGAUACAUUUUUGAGUGACAGAGCUGACACGAUCAUAGGCUAUGCUGACAGACACGACACGAAAAAUUUCUACUCCGCUCUCAAAUAAGUCUACGGCCCCACCUCAUCAAGAUCAUCUCCAAUUUUGUGUGGUGAUAAGAAAACUCUGAUUACUGAGAAAUAAAAAAAAAUAUCGAACGCUUGCCAGAGCCCUUUGAGAGAAUCUUAAAUCACCCUUUAUCUGUAAACGACGAAGCCAUAAAUCGACCCCCGCAGGUCCCCAUCAACCAAGAAAUGGAAGACCCUCCCACUCUGAAUGAGACGCAACAAGCUAUAUACCAGGUGGUGACUCCAUCCCAGAUGAAAUUUAAAAGGAAUGUGGCACAGCUUUGAUUGAAAGGCUUUAUCAGCUGCUUCUUUUUAUGUGACAGCAAGAGAAGAUACCACAUGAUUUUAAGGACGCAUCUAUUGUCAACUUGUACCGUCAAUCGUGUGACAACUACCGUGAUAUAUCUGUGCUCACUAUUGCAGGCAAGAUACAGCUACAAUCCCCCUAAACCUUAUCAAUUCGCAUAUUGGGGAGGGUGUACUGCUAGAAAGUCAAAUCGAUUUUCGCAAAGAGCGUGGAACUAUCGACAUGGUGAACUCUUCUCCACAUAUUUGGACCUAACCAAGUUUUGACACAGUCGCCGAGAAGGUCUCUGGAAGAUCAUUGACAAAUAUGGAUGCUCCAAAAAUUAUUCUGAAUGGUGCAGCAUUUCCAUUAGUGUAUGCAGGUUACGGUCCCUGAAAAUGGAGAGAUGUCUUAACCAUUUCCGGUGUCAACAAAGUUUGUGUCCUUUUCAGCAUUAUGUUUUCUGCCUUGCUGUCUGAUGCUUUCAGCGUGGGACACAUUGGAAUCGGCAUCAGAUACAGAGCGGUGGUAAAGUUUUAACCUCAGGAGACUAAACGCUAAAUCUAAAAUCCGGACAGACAUCAUCGGGGACCUUCUGUAUGUCGAUGACUGUGCCCUUGAUAUGAUAGGCUGAUAUGCAACGCAGUGUUGCAAACUUCUCGAAUUCUUACCAUUAACACAAGAAGACUGACGUCCUGUACCAACCAGCUCAACGAAAACCUUACAUCGAGCCCAACAUCCAAGUCAAUGAGCCUUCAAAAAAGCCUAAACAUCAAAUGGCAGGACACGAUCACAGACACUGAGGUACUGGCACAAGCAGGUCUCACCAGCAUUCACACCUUAUUAUUGCAGCCCAAGAUUGGCUGGGCGGGCUAUAUUGCGAGGAAAAAAAAAAUAUUGUGAACUCAAACAGGACAGGCGGUUUGGAGGACAGAAGAAGUGCUUUAAAGACAAACUGAAAGCAUCUUUGAAAGCAUUUUACAUUGACCCGGACAUGUGGGAACAGUCCUCGGAGGAUCGAGACUCGUGGCGCUUUUCCACACACAAGGGUUCAUUGCAACACGAGGCUGACAGAACAGCUUCUGCAUAAAACAAGUGACAAGCCAGAAAAGCCCGAGCGAACUUUGUUCCUGGAGUUCUUUAACCAUUGGCUCAAGCACUUAUUAAGAGCUCACGCUCGACGACCCACCGACGCCAUUUCCAAUGUGACGUUCCUGGAAUUACCCUAUCCAUCUCCUGCACCCGAACUUUUCAUGUCAGCAUUGGCCUAAUCAGAUAUCUACGAACCCACAGACAGACUCAGCCCCAGCAACAGGGCGGUGUUUAGAAUGGUCACGGUCGACCCUCGGCAGACGAACUAUCAAACUUCAAACACAAGAAAUUACACCUAUCUAAGGCUCAGUUCACACGAUCAAAUUUUCGAUUUUUGCAUGAAGCCUUGUCACAAAUUUCAAAUUACAAUUUGAUAAAAUUCCCAUUUUUUGUCCAAAAAAAAAAAAAAAAGAAACCACGCACAAAAUAGUAUGUUCAAACAAAAAUUUGAUGUGAAUUUGAAGCUAAUUUGAUCGCGUGAACUGAUGUUAGUCUAAAUCAUAUUUAAAGCCUUGUCAAAAAUUUAAAAUUAAAAUUUGAUAAAAUUCCCAUUUUUUGACCAAAAAAAAAAAAAAAAGAAACCACGCACAAAAUAGUAUGUUCAAACAAAAAUUUGAUGUGAAUUUGAAGCUAAUUUGAUCGCGUGAACUGAUGUUAGUCUAAAUCAUAUUUCUGAAAAAAAAUUUUUUUUUUAAUUUUCAUAUUUAAAAAAAAAUUAAUUAAGAAAAGGCUAAAAGGAAAUUUUCUGACCAAGCGACUUGAAAAACAGUUAAAGAUGAGGAAUCUGGCAUUUAAAAUAGGCUGCGACUAUUCGUACAAACAUAAUAUAUAAUAAUCCAUUCAAUUAUCUUUCAUUUAAUACCUCAUUUUGUCUUACAAACCCAACAAUAAAAUUUUACAUAGUUUUUUUAAUCCCAACCUUUCACUUCUAGCACCCUGGUACAAACGAAUAGCCACUUCGUUUAAGAUACCAAACUAUCACCAACAUUAACUUUACAAGCAGAAAUCCUAGUUUUUUAUUUUACUAAUUUAGAUACUCUCUAUAUAGCUUGCACGUACUCUUUUAUAUAUUUGAAAUAGGCCUAUUAAGAAAAUUUUGAUUAUAUUAUCAAACUAUAAACAAAUUUAAAAAAAAAAUAAUACGAGAUUUUGUUUGGAACAUUUUCUUUCAGCAAUCAAAUCGUUUUAGUAAUUAAUAUGUACCGGAAGUUUAAUCAAGAGUAUGCGCAUGCCAACACAAGCAUUGUCCUCUGUCGUCCCUGUACCUGCCAUCUUAGUCAGGAUAUUAUUUUUCUGUGUAUGAAAUCAUGCUAACAGCACGAUUUGCCUCCUCCUUGGUGAGGCAACUCCCAAGGGCCUUGCCCAAAGUAAGUCUGAAUUCUUCUCUUUUUUUUUCUACAUUUUUUAAACUGUAUUAGUAAUUGUUUUCAACCGGCCCUUUUCACCUCGAGUUCUUGUUACCGCUUACAGGCUUACACUUUGUGAGUGUAGUACUUUUUACAUAAUUAUUCACCAGCAUCUUCAAGUUUUUGAUGUUGUUGUAAGGUGCAUGGAGGUUUCAGCUUUUCACUUAUCUGCAAUUUUAAUCUUGCCCUUAAUAGUGUCCAAGAGGAUUUACAGGAACAUAUAAUACCCCAGGCCCCAUAUAUUCUUCUCAACCAUACCAAGUAUAAAGUUGCUUUCCUUAUAAAAUUUUAAAAUCCACAAACUCACUGGGCUAUUCCCGUUUAUAUGUAAGAAAUGAAUGGGAUCGUUUGUUUAAAAAAUUAAUUUAAAUAUUAAUAGUCUUAAGUAUUUUUAAUCUUUCUCAUGUAGUGGCCUGUUCGAUGUCUUUGCAAUGACCUUCUGUCCCUACUUCUACUCAAACUCAAGACCCUUGCCCUAGCUUUUCCCAAGCCUACUGUUGUAGCCAUUUAUUAAAACCUCUUGGCUUGGUACCAACCAAAUUAAGAGUUUUAAAUUCAAUUAUCUUAUACUUUUGACCAUGACACUUUAUGCAAUUAAAUUUAAUUGACUUAUGUUUCCACAUGUUCAUAUUGUUUUCUAUUUAUUUUCAUUUAGGUCUGCCAAAAUGCUUUAGCAGCAGGAUGUGUCUCUGCAAGGCAUCUUUCACUUACCAGCCCUUCAUUUGCAGGAGGUAUAAAACGUUUUUAGGCUGCCUUAAAAAUCAUAUUGAUGGGUAGGGCGAGACUCAUCCUAAGCUUAUUAAGCCAAGGACCAUGGAUAAAGAGCAGGGUGACUCUAACAUAAUUUGUUAUGCUUAGAGUGCAAUGGUCUCUUCCACACACAUGCUUAGGCCUUUAGAUUUAGUUUGAGAUGAAUGCAGCCUUAGCUGUUUCUGCAACAAAACUUAUCAAAAAUAAAAUUGAACAAAGAUCGAUCAUCUUAAAUAGUUUUUGAGCUAAAAUUUAAGAAAUGAGACAGCGAAAAUAGUUGGGUUUUUUUUACGGACUGUAUAUUAUGAAUGUACUGGUAGUAUUUACUAAACCACCUCAUUGAGUGACCCUAUUCUGUUGAUUUCGUUUUUACCUAAAUCAAUGAUGCUGUUUCUUUAUUACUGCAAAAAAUUUAACAAUUGCAUCUACAAAACUAGUUAAUUUGUACUUUCAUUUAAAAAGAUGUUAACUUUAUUUGGCGAAAGAAUGAGAUAAUCACAAUAAUUAACAAAAGUAUUCAGGGAAAGGUGCAGAUGUGUAGUGACUAGUCCUAAUAAAACAGUUAUAUUUGAUAAAAAUAUCCACCAAUGAACAUUUGUUAUUCACUCAGAAUUAAUUCUCUUUGAUUUUUUGCUCCCUUUCUGUUUUACAUAUUAGUGCAGAGUGCAAAAUGUGCAGGAGGGGCACAGCUGCCAAUAAAGAAAACUUGUGAAAAGUGCAAAAUUGAGCUUAAGGACUUUAUUGUUAAUGUCUUUCAGAUCUUUAAUACGCAAAAGACCCAGCCUGCGAUCUGCCUCUUGACAUGCAUUUUUUUAAAAUAUUGCCCUACACUAUUGAAGAAAUUAAAUUUAUUUGAUAGACUGUUAUAAUCUGUUGUCCACACAUGUUGUCUACUAAAGGGGAAGCAGGAAGUGUCAAUUGUAUUGCACAUGAGAAUCACCAAAAUAACUGAGUACCCAGAAGUCUCAAAUUAAUUCCAGAGCAAAAUAUAAUAAUCAUAAAAGUUAAUUUUCACUUUCUAAAAACUUUUUAAUAAAAACAAAAAAACUUUGUCCUUCACAAAUAGGCCCUAGUGGUGCUGAAGUGUCCUCUAUAUUGGAAGAGCGCAUACUUGGUCAGAAAUCUGAAGUAAAUUUAGAAGAAACUGGUCGUGUCCUAUCCAUUGGUGAUGGUAUUGCACGUGUCUAUGGCCUUAAAAAUAUUCAAGCUGAGGAGAUGGUGGAGUUUUCAAGUGGUCUAAAGGUGAUAAGACCUAUUUGUCACUGUUAAAUUUUUAAAUCUUAACAUUUUACAAUAUUCUUUUUAAAAGUUUUAAGUGUGUAGCAAGUUUUUUUUUUAGACUGUUUUAAUUAAACACUUAAUAAUAUAUAACAUUGCAUACAUUAAAGGGCAUGGCCUUGAAUUUGGAACCUGAUAAUGUUGGUGUUGUCGUGUUUGGUAAUGACAAACUCAUCAAGGAGGGAGAUGUUGUCAAAAGGACAGGUGCCAUUGUGGAUGUUCCUGUUGGUCUUGAAUUGCUUGGAAGAGUUGUUGAUGCUCUGGGUAACCCCAUUGAUGCUAAGGUAAUAAAUUUAUCCAACCAUAACUGACUACCCAGUAUUUAAAAAUAUUAUAUCUAUUUACCUAAAGAAAUAUUGAAAUGCAUUUGAAAACUUUUUAAAAAAACUUAAUUUUUGCAAAAUAUAAAUGUAUUAUGAUGGAAUUAUAUCUUGCAGGGACCUUUGGGUUCCAAACUAAGAGCUCGUGUUGGAGUUAAAGCUCCUGGCAUUAUUCCACGUACAUCUGUAAGAGAACCUAUGCAGACUGGUAUCAAAGCAGUAGACAGUCUUGUACCCAUUGGCAGAGGACAGAGAGAACUUAUCAUUGGUGAUAGGCAAACUGGGUAUGCUAUGCAUAAAAUUAAUACAAACAAUACCCUAUAGAUUUCAUUCUGCUUAGCUAUGUUGAGGGAAACUUCAGGAAAGUUAUUCAGUAGAAAUUCAGGGAUAUAACUUUUUAGAGGUUAAGCCGUGAGACAGCUGCUCCUAGGCGACCAUUUCGUCCUAGCUUUCUGUCCCAACCAAAGGACUCUAUGGGGGGUUGCAAUGCAACACCUUUCCUCUGGAGUGGAAGCAAACCCGCCCAAUCCCUUAGGGAGUGUUGACUGCAAAUGCUUUAAACGCAGUGUUUUCGGUCUACCGGACAUCCCCCAGGCCAGGAAACCUGACGGGGCGGGGGGGGGGGGGGGGGGGCGUCAUUAAGAGCUCGACAGCCCACCGACAUCAUUUCCCAAUUUAACGUAUUUAGUGGUUUAUCUUUUACUUGUGUUAUAGACCAAAGUAAACACGCACUUCAGGCUUUCCUGUGAAUAGGGCAGCGGCCACUGCCACUCCAGGAUGGGUAUCAUUUGUCACUCAUGGAGGCACAAAUAAAACUGUGCUAAUCUUUAAAGAUCUUUAUCAAUGUAAGACAUAACAGAUAUAUAGACAUUUGGGUAGUGUUGUUUGCAGCUGUAUUUGCAACAACAAAAAAUUUGUGUGUAAGUAUAGAAUUACAUCAAGGAAAGUUGUUUUUUUUUUGUGGGAAGCUUCCGUGAGGACCAUUAUAAAACAUCUUGGCUGAUGAUAAUAUUUAAAAAAAUAUGAUUUCAGAAAGACUGCUAUUGCUAUUGACACCAUAAUCAACCAGAAAAGAUUCAAUGAUGCUGGGGAAGCCAAGGCAAAACUUUAUUGCAUCUAUGUUGCCAUUGGACAAAAACGAUCAACAGUUGCACAACUUGUGAAGAGGCUGACUGAUACUGGUAAUUUCAAUAAAAGUUAACUUAUGCCUGGCUAAAUGCAUCAUUCAUGGUUUUCCAUGGAUGCGUCCAAAUAUGUCCCUGCGCAGGGUGACUCCACAACCCCCCCUCCCCUUUUUAAAAAGACCUUAAAAGGUUAGAUGUUUUUCCUUUUGCUAGCUCUGAGCGGGCAACUUUUUUUUUCCGCUUUUUAGUAAGAUUUGGGUUUACGUUUGGGAAAAAAUCAAAUCUUAUGUGUUAGUAUACAAAUUUUUGUGAAAUAUAAAAAAUUAAGGAAAAUGAAUGCAGAUUUUAUUUAACUGGUCGUCUUUUUCUAUAUUUUGAGGGCCCACAAUCAGUGUAUUGAUCAUUCUGGCUACUAUAUUUCAGGGUGGUUCGCAAUGUAACUGCAUGCUUUUGAAGGGGAUUCUUCACUGGCUGCAAGGGCUACUCAGCAAUUGUGUUCUGAACUGGGGAUUGGAAGACGGGGAAAUAGAUGCAAAUGUGUCAAGUGUAGUUGCAAAUGUGUCAAGUGUAGUCGCCUCAAGUGUUGCUUUGAGAAGCUUGUUUCAGUCCCUUAUUGUCUUUGGCGGGAAUGAGGAGCUCCUUUACUGAGUUCUUGUUUUUAUGAUCCGGAAUUGUCUGUCAUGGCCUCGUUCCUGUCUAUGGGGGAGAGGGACAAGGUUCUGUUUAAUGCUGGAACAGUGGACCAGCCCAUUUUUUAUUUUGUAUAUCAUGGAGAGCCUGGAUAAUCGUCGUUAUUCUUCCAUUUUUUAACACUUGAGGUGUUUCUGUAGCGGUUCAGGACAAAGCGUGCUGUACGUAGCUGGACCGCCUCCAUCUUGUCGAUGCUCUUUUGGGUGAAUGGGUCCCAGACUGAAGAUGCAUACUCAAAAAGCGGCCGGCAAAGGCUUUAUGGGGUUUUUAUUUCGUGCUUGAGUUGCAGAUCUUCUGAUUUCACCUUAAGAAUCCUAGGGUCUUGUUUGCCCAGGUUCACACAUUGUUAAUGUGCUCGUCCCAGCCGACCUCACUUUGAAUGGUAACACCGGGGUACCUUAUGCAGGCCUGUUUACUCUUACGAUUUUGGCGUACAAUGUACGAUUUUUAGAUGACUUUCACGAUUGUACGCCGCAACCCGCCAAAACUACGAUUUUCAGAGACCCGGUGAAAAAAUAUGUUUAAUUUUUUUCUAAUUCAAAAAUACAUAUAUAUAUAUAUAAAUUUUCAGGUCCGGAAGUUUCAGCCUUUUCUAAAAAAAAGAUCAGAAAAAAAUUGGUUGUAAUUUUUUUUAAAGUUAGGACCAUCCUUCAUUAUAUUAUGGACACACUGAUGGGGGAGUUGCCAUACGAGGCGCAUGGGUAGGGGGAUUGGUGGGAGUGUCAAAGGCUGUAAAAAAUUCAUAUCUUGAUGGUGAUGAUUGUCAUAUUGUUGCUGGCAUCUGUGUGUCACAGUGAACUAGCUAGCUGUGUCAACAGUAAUAUUUAGACUAGUCGUCCUAGCUACAGCUUCACCCACCAUCCCCUUGGACUGCUACCAAGCGUGUGUUCGUCUGAACUGUGGCCAUUGUGAAAACAAAGAACGGUAGAGAUGUAAGGUCUAAUCAGCGGCAUUUAAAAAAAAAUAUUUUUAGACCUCUCUAAGCAGCUCUAUCCCCUCAACGGUUUGGUAUCAAUACUCUUACCACCCCCACCCAUACAUAUUUUUUUUUAGUUUGCAGUAAUUAGUCUAUAGAAUGUUAACAGAAAAAAUCAGGCGCACAUUGCAUAGGCGACAGCACAAUAUUUUUUCUAUUAAUGAGGGUGGGGGAAGGUUGGGUCGUCACCAGCACGGAAAGACGUAUUAGUGGACUACAGUGUGUUGUCACUGUGUCGUUUUAAAUAUUACUACUGCAGCGACAAAGCAUUAGUAUACCAUAACUGCGAAACAUUGUGAUAUUUUUAUAGCCUUAAAAUUAAUAAAAUUAAUGGGCUUCAUAAGGAUUCAUGGAUUUCACAGAUUUUCAGGAAACAGUUGGCUAUAUAAGAGACUGUUAGGCUAGUUAUUUUAGAAUUAAUUUAUAAAUGUAGAUGCAUUCUAGUGGCAUCAUGUUGUCUAGAAGUAUUUUCACAAAUGAAGUCGCUAGCUAUACUCAGUAGUAGUAGUAGAGAAAUUACAGUAAUGUUAAGGCCACCUAAUGUGACAUAUAUUUCUUUGGGCUAGGCCAGUCGUUCUAAUAUUUUUGGUCUCCCGGCGCCUAUGGCACAUAAGGUUUUCACCAGGCACUUUGUGUGAAAUUCUUACAAGUACGCUUCGAAAUAGCAAUUACAAAAGUAAAAAAAAGGGUUGGAUAAAAAUAAAUAUAAUGUGUAUUUAGGUCACUGAGCGCCAUCUGUAAUUGCUUACAGUAGUUACUCAAGUGGCUGUUGCACCACGACCCAAAGCUAUCACAUUGGAUUAAAAGGGAAAUAAAUUUAUGAAAAUUUUGUAAUAUUUUGCAACGCCUCUAUGAUGGAACCGCAGCAACCCAUAUAGAAAAAUAUGCCCCUCCCUUAGAGGACCAGUAAAGAGACAAUUUAUUGCGCCCUUGUCUUUGUGAAGUAAAUUAGAUUUUAUAGUUAAAUUUACUGUUAAGUUCCUUUCUAAAGACAAUUUUGGCGCCUGUUGCUCUUCAUCACUUUCUCAUGGCCCUGCCUGUGGACAACAAGCAGCGGCGUAUAUUCUGUAAUUAAAAAUAGAUAAAAUGUGGGGUGUCUGAAAGCUACUCUAGCAAGAGCCCAGUCAAGCAAAAACACCAUGGGUGGAUGGGACUCGUUAACCUUGGAUGGCAACUCAUCUAAGAGAAGGAAAAUAUUGAUAUCUAUAGCAGAUGCACGUCGGCAAAACAAAGUGAUCGCAUUUUGCAGUCAACGUCAGUCAUCUACUGUUCAGUUCCAUUUUUACACCAGCUUAACUUGAUUUCACUGAAAAUGCUAAAGGAGUAGUUAGUGUAUACAUUACAUUUACUGUAUUUUUAUUUAUUUACUAUUACAAUACUGUAUUGUACUAUUUUGAGACGAUAUUGUACGAUUUUAAGAGUUGAGGGUAAACAGGUCUGCUUAUGGAGUAAAUUGGCUCAAGAAUAUGGUCAUGCAAUUCAUAAGGGUGGUGUAGAGGGGAUCUGCUUCUAGUGACUGAGUCUGGCACUUAACUGGAUGAAAUUCUAUGUCCCAGCUCAUCUCCCCACUCAGCUAACCGAUGGAGGUCCUGUUGUAGCUGGUCCUGGUCAGAACUGUAUGUGAUUGUCCUAUACACCGCCCUGUUGUCUGCGUCUUCUCUGGCAGGUCAUUGAACAAAUGGGGCCUAGCACCGAGCCCUGGGGCACUCCUGAUUCAACACCAACAAAGGAGGAAGUUGUGCUGUCUACCACCACUGCCUGGCAUUUGUCGCUGAGGAAGCUAGAGAUCCUUGUUUUGAUAGUGCCUUGAGUCCCAUAACUCUGCAGUUUGUGUUAUAGCAAACUAUGAUUGACAAGGUCACGGUUGCCAGUAAUCCACACAUUAACACAAAUAUUUGCAAAUUACAACAUAUUGUUUGUGAUUGUCAGUCAUCCAUUUACUAUUUACAAGCACUGCCACGAAAUCGAAGUGUGUACACUUAAACACUGCUUAGGCUGAUAUCACUAAUAUAUAGUACAAUUCAUACUCGUUUUCGUCCACUUCAAUGUCACUUAAAUCGAAUCCAGCAAAAUCUUUGCUUGAAGAAUCGCCGAAAUCCAUUUUGAAAAACAAAACAUUCAAACCCUGAAAACUAAAAAGAAUCUGAUCAAAUACCGAUACUUGUAACUGGCGGCCACACUAUCAUGCUAUCAGCGAAACCAAAUGUAAACAAUGGGAAGUCACGGAGAUCCCAUGUUUGCAACUCCCAUGGAUGCUUUCGGACGUUUUGCCCUUUAAGUAGUAGAGGUUUUUUGCUGCUGGCAUCUUUCGUUUUAUUUAUCUCUUCACUUUAAAUCUAAGUUUGUUUUAGUAAUGUGUGCGUAUAUCUUGCCUAUCCAAGGUGGCAAAAGUCUAUUUGUUUUGGUCAUUUCUUAUUUGUUUGUCAUAAAUAAGCUGUGUUAAUAAGCUCUUGAAUUGAAUAUGCCAGACCAGUUUACUCUCACAAUUUUUGGGGUACAUUGUAUGAUUUUUGAGAUGUCUUUUAGUAUUAAAAUUAAACGCUAAGACCUGUUAAAACUAUGAUUUGAAGAGACCUGUUUAAAAAUAUAUACAUUCCGGUAGUUUUUACAAAUUUAAAAUACAGGUAAUAUAAAAUUAAAAUUUUGGUGGUUAGUUUUAGCUCCUUUCUACAUCCAGAGGGGAUAUGGAUAGAGAAUAUGCUUGGUUGGGGAGCAUCUAUAAUUGUAAAACUAAAUCGCAAAAAAACAGCUUUAAAAAUAUUUUAAAGCGCACAAAUCGGCUCUAUGACAUUUAACAGCCCUGUUUGCUCCAACACUCUUCUUCCUUUAACCCAUUACAGCUUGUGAUAGUUAUCAGACUGUAAUAUGUUAACAGGAGAUAAGGCUAAAGAGUUUAGAUUAUUCUUUUUUUUUAUUCUUUUUUUUUAUUCUUUUUUUUUUCUGGAAUAAAUCUCAAGUUUCUUGGCAGGUUUUGUUAAUGACUUCCUCUCAAUUGUUAAUUCAUAUUUCAAUAAAUUUUAUUUUAUACUUCUUUGAGUUUGAACAGCAUUAAAUUUCACGAGUGUCUGCACUUUCACACAAAUAUAUUAAUUGAUGUCUGUAGCAGACACACUUCUGCAAAACAAUGUGACAGCGGAUAUAAUAUGCAUGUCAAAGUGUUGUAAACUUAAAAACUACUAAAUCAUACUUCAAAUGGUAACUAAUUUUCCGUAAUGUUUUUUACGUAAUAUUUUUUUUUCCUCUUGAUGACAUCAUAGUUGCUUAUUAUUGGGAUUCUUUACUUUUUAGAUGCCAUGAAAUACACCAUUGUGGUUUCUGCUACUGCUUCUGAUGCUGCUCCUUUACAAUACCUGGCUCCAUACUCGGGAUGUGCUAUGGGAGAAUUUUUCCGUGACAAUGGCAUGCAUGCUCUUAUCAUUUAUGACGAUUUGUCUAAACAGGUAAUUAUAAUUAUAAUUAUAUUGAACCAUUUCUGUCAUUUUUAAAUCAAAAUUUGUUAAAUUCAUCAAUUAAAAAAGUGGAGUUUCUAAGAAAUAGUUAAAAGCUGGAAAUAUGCCAUUUCUGAUUUAAAAAAAAUCAAACACUUAUCUAUUAACUUAAAAUAAAGAUGUUUCGGCGUAUGAAAUGAUUCUUUUUAUAUUUUGAAAGGGUUCACUUGUAACUAUUAUAGGUUGUUUAUCGCUCUGUUAAUUUUUGUUUGCAGGCUGUUGCAUAUCGCCAAAUGUCUCUUCUGCUUCGUAGACCACCAGGUCGUGAGGCAUACCCUGGUGAUGUGUUUUACCUUCACUCUCGUCUUUUGGAGAGAGCUGCUAAAAUGAAUGACACUCAUGGAGGUGGAUCUCUUACAGCACUCCCUGUCAUUGAGACACAGGCUGGAGACGUAUCAGCUUAUAUCCCCACAAAUGUCAUCUCAAUUACUGAUGGACAGAUCUUUUUGGAAACAGAGUUGUUCUUCAAAGGAAUCCGACCUGCCAUUAAUGUUGGUUUAUCUGUUAGCCGUGUAGGAUCUGCUGCUCAGACAAGGUCCAUGAAACAGGCAAGUCUUGCUAAUAAUUAGCUAUAUGAACAGUAUGAACUGCUGAAUAUAGCUGCGGACCCUUAAGAUAUGCUGCGUGUUAAACUCAUUCCCUCCUGCAAUGCAACUUCCGUAUUUAAUUUAUUUGCCCCGAUAAAGGGAAGUAACUCCGUCUUGCAAUUGAUUUACAUUUGUAAAAUAUUUAUUUAAGCUGCUAAAUAUUAUUUAAUGUUAACGAAUUAAGAACAAAUGCAUCAAAGAAUGAAUAAGGUUUAAUAUAAAUAUAACAUUAACGGGGGAAAAAUAACUAACAAUGGCCAAAAAAUCGAUUUUCGGCACCUCGGACGAACACAUGCUACAUAUAGACGUGCCGUACCGGUACUAAAGCACCCGUAGUUUUAAAGUGAAACCAAGAUAAAAACUUCCGGCUUUUAAAUUAAAAUCACGCUGAACCACGCCAUCACUGGAAGUCUCGAGGGAUGCGAGAUUUCAUUGCUAUUUUUAAAUAUAUCUGAGAGAGGUGUGUCGUUAUGCGCCGGGACGCAUUUGGACGCAUCCGGCGAAACCCGUAAAGGACGCAUUUAGUCGCAAACGUCGGGAAUGAGUUAAUUUCUAAUUUAUCAUACAGUAAAUAUUUUUGAGUUUCAGUAGUACUUGGCAUAAAGUUAAAGUGACUUCUUCAUUUCUUGCAUGUUUUUUUAUUGUUUUAGGUGGCAGGCUCAAUGAAACUUGAGUUGGCUCAGUAUCGUGAGGUAGCAGCUUUUGCUCAGUUUGGCUCUGAUUUGGACCAGGCUACUCAGAACCUGUUAAGAAGGGGUGUUAGGCUUACUGAAAUCUUGAAACAAGGACAGUAUGGUAAGUAGCUAAAGGUUUUAAAGUUUUUUUGUUUUUGGUGAACACUUGAGGGAAUAUUAUUUUUCAGUUUUAAGCUUGUAAUUUCAGAGAGCGGUUGUGUUUUUUCCUAGAAAAGGUGGUGUAGCAUUUAUUUUAUUGCACCUAUACAAAUCAAGUUAGAUUGAAUCCUCUUUUUUUUUUAAAGGUUUAUAUAAAUUAUCUGACAAUAGCCUAGUAUGAGACAUUUAAAUUAAGGUAACCUGUGGUUGCAAGCUUGAAAGGUUAUGUGGUAUCAGCUGUAACUAAUGUAGUUAACUCUAUGAAUGUAUGAACCCAGUCUUAUUUAAGCAAAGGGGCGUAACUCUGUUCAGAAAUGGUCAUGUUAUUUUCAUUAAAACAAUGAACAUAAAAUUUAAAACAUGAAUUGUCAAUGGUUUUAAUUGAAAAUUUCUAUAAAGUGUAGUGAAAUUCAAAAGAAAAAAUUGUGGUUAGAAGUUCACCUUAUAUUAAAUUAUCAGAAGUACAUACCGGGUAUUAACAAAUUAACUUUGCUUGCCUGCAGUAUUACCUAUUGAAUGAAAAAUUUGACAUUGAAUGAAAAAUUUGAUAUUUAUAAAGUCUAUUGCCAUCUUCAUCUAAAAGAUUAUCAUUACUGUCUACAUUUAAUUCUCAAUUUACUUCUACAUCUCUGUUUGGUUGUUUGAUCAUCUAACCUGCUGGUUUAGUAAAGUUCACAUGAAUUGGGAAAGAUAUGCUAUACUUUGAACUCCUAUAACUUUUUUGUUUGAUAGAAAACAUACUGGUACACAUUUUGUACAAAAAGAUGAGUUUCUCACAAUAUAGUAGUAGACAGGGGAGUGUAGGGGAAUUACUUUUAAUGAGCUUUACUUAAAUGGCAUUAGUGGGUUAUAAGUGCAUUUUCUUUUUAACAAUGUUUUUUUUUAUAUCUAACCAUUUAGUUCCAAUGGCCAUUGAGGAACAAGUCUGUGUCAUUUAUGCUGGUGUUCGUGGUCAUUUGGAUAAGUUGGAUCCCUCCAAGAUUACUCAAUUUGAGGCUGAAUUCCUGAAGCAUCUGCGUGGCUCACAGCAAGAGCUCCUCAAGACCAUUGCAAAGGAGGGAAAGAUCAAUGAACAGGCUGAGGCUCAACUUAAGCAAACAGUUACCUCCUUUUUAGUUGGAUUCCAAGGCUCUUAGACAUUUUUAUGAAUAUGAAAGACCAAUUAAAGAACAGUUCCUUUUAGAUUGUGAUAAGAGUGUAUGGUUUCUUAUACUUGUUCCAGUUGUUGGAAUAUCUUUUCUCAAAUCUGUAUUCAUUGUAUGCUAAAUUGCUUCAGACAUAUAGAGCAUUUUGAGGCUAUCUGCAAGAUCAGCAUGCAUGUUUUAUUUAAAAAAAACAAAACAAAUGACAAUUAGGUCAGGGUUAAUUAUAGUUUUAAUUUAGAAUUUGACUUACUUUGUAGCUCGUUAUUCUUAAUUAUGAGAAAACGGGCAAUACAGUGCGAAUGGAAAAGUAUGUAUUAAUAAAUUUGUGUAUUUAACAUA